GGGGCGGGGCCUGCGCCAGGCGGCUCCUGAGGCCGAGAUUUCACAUCGGAAACAAAACAGCCGUUCUCGCGAAGGAACUUCGACUGUGGGCAGUCGUAGGCGGUGGCGGCGAAGAGGGAGUAGGGCACUGCUAAGAAUGUUAUCAAAUCCACUUGUGUCUUUUGCCAUGCUGCUUUAACAGUGGGGUCAUUGGCCUUCUCCACGGAUUCAUCAGUUGUUUUCAGCUGUUACUGGACCAGAAUCAAAUUUGGCUUUGCCUGCUCCUUUCUUUGUACCAACAAUGUUUGUUUGUUCACCGGGCCUGACUGAAGACCUAGCUUCACCCUGUUGCCUGCAUCUUCUUCCUACUGAGCUCCAUGUAAAGAGCAGCUCUUCCAGGCAGGGUCGCCUUAUAGCAUUUUGAUCUUCAGAGCAUCAGUAGAAGCCUGAGCUUUCUCUGGGUGAACUGGAAAAGACCUGGACUGGGCAUCAGAAGACCUGGGUUCUGGAACUGGUGUUACCUGCUCCAUAAUCAUGCACUGGCAAAUUCUUUUACUUUUCCUGAGUCUUAGUUUUUCACAUGUAAAUGCGAUGGAUGUGUCUUUGAAAAUAGUGUUGGAAUAUGCUCAGACCUAAUCCAGGAGUCUGCAAGUGACAGUAGCCUGUGAGGUCCUUAGAAAGCUUGGCCUGGAGGAGAACACAUGAAAGAAAGAACCCCAAGAGGCUUUAUUUUCUGUGAAAAGGUAUUUCUGUAUAGUUGCUCCAAUGACAGACUUGCCUGCACCCUUGUCCUACUUCCAGAAUGCACAGAUGUCCGAGGACAGCCACCUGAGCAAUAUUGUACGUAGCCAGAAUGACAAUAGAGAACGGCAUGAGCCAAGCAACGAAAGGCGGAGGCGGGGCAACCCUGAGCCAUUAUCCAAUGGAGGACCCCAGGGUAACACACUGCAGGUGGUGGAACAAGAUGAAGAAGAAGAUGAGGAGCUGACACUGAAAUAUGGCGCCAAACAUGUGAUCAUGCUCUUUGUCCCCGUGACUCUCUGUAUGGUGGUAGUGGUGGCUACCAUCAAAUCAGUCAGCUUUUAUACCCGGAAGGAUGGGCAGUUAAUCUAUACUCCAUUCACAGAAGACACCGAGACUGUGGGCCAGAGAGCCCUGCACUCGAUUCUGAAUGCUGCUAUCAUGAUCAGCGUCAUUGUUGUCAUGACUAUUCUCCUGGUGGCUCUAUAUAAAUACAGGUGCUAUAAGGUCAUCCAUGCCUGGCUUAUUAUUUCAUCUCUGUUGUUGCUGUUCUUUUUCUCAUUCAUUUAUUUGGGGGAAGUGUUUAAAACCUAUAAUGUUGCUGUGGACUACAUUACUAUUGCACUCCUGAUCUGGAAUUUUGGUGUGGUGGGAAUGAUUGCCAUUCAUUGGAAAGGUCCUCUGAGACUCCAGCAGGCAUAUCUGAUUAUGAUCAGUGCGCUCAUGGCCUUGGUAUUUAUCAAGUACCUUCCAGAAUGGACUGCGUGGCUCAUCUUGGCUGUGAUUUCAGUAUAUGAUUUAGUGGCUGUGUUGUGUCCAAAAGGCCCACUUCGUAUGUUGGUUGAAACAGCUCAGGAGAGAAAUGAAACUCUCUUUCCAGCUCUCAUUUACUCCUCGACAAUGGUGUGGUUGGUGAAUAUGGCAAAAGGAGAUCCAGAAGCCCAAAGGAAGGUAUCCAAAAACUCCAAUUAUAAUGCACAAAGCACAGAGAGUGAGUCACAAGUGACAGAAAGUGAUGAUGGUGGCUUCAGUGAAGAGUGGGAAGCCCAGAGGGACAGUCGCCUGGGACCUCAUCACUCUACAACUGAGUCACGAACUGCUGUACAGGAAAUUUCCAGCAGCAUCCUAGCCAGUGAGGACCCAGAAGAAAGGGGAGUAAAACUUGGAUUAGGAGAUUUUAUUUUCUACAGUGUUCUGGUUGGUAAAGCUUCCGCAACAGCCAGUGGAGACUGGAACACAACCAUAGCCUGUUUUGUAGCCAUAUUAAUUGGUCUGUGCCUUACAUUAUUACUCCUCGCCAUUUUCAAGAAAGCAUUGCCAGCUCUUCCAAUCUCGAUCACCUUUGGGCUUGUUUUUUACUUUGCCACAGAUUAUCUUGUGCAACCCUUUAUGGACCAAUUAGCAUUCCAUCAAUUUUAUAUUUAGCAGAUUUGUGAUUAGACUCCCGUGUAUUUUUCUCCUUUGACUAUAAUAAAAUCUUGCAAGGACAAAGGUGAUUUUCCUGUGUCCACAUCUAACAAAGUCAAGAAUUCCAAGCUGGACUUUUCGCAGCUUCCUUCCACGUCUUCCUGACUAUUCGAACUAUAGGGCAUUGGAAGGAGGUGUCUACAGAAAAUGGUUUUGAAAAUACGUCAUUGUGGUGGACUGAGUCCCUUGUUGCAAAAACUACCAGCUUUUAGGGACAAGGACAAGGAAAAGUGAUGGGCCAAGAAGUUGCUGUGCUCCCACCAGCAGUUUGACCCUUGGUCACAGGUGAAUUUUACCAACACUGCAGACUCUCGGACUGCCAUUAUGAAGCGGUUAAAUGAAGUGGUUUAAACCAAACAGGAUUCAUCAUCUUAAACAACAUGUUGAAAACCAACCUAAUCAGACUGUAUUGAACUCUCAACCUUUUCAGGAGGUACUGUAAGGAGAGCAGGUACCAGCAGCAAAAUGGAAAGGUGGAAAGGGGUUCAGACUUUCACUUCCAGACUUUUUUUGCUGCAGACAUCAUUUUUCAAUAAGACUUUUUUUUCACCUUGAGUCAAGUCAGAUUUAUAAGUUGAUUUUGACCAUUUUUGUUCUCAAGCACUGAAACUCAUUACCAUCUAUGGUUGCCAUUUCUUCCCAAGGCCAGUAUGAAUUUACUUGAGAUUGCUUUAUCUUAAAAUUUUUAACCUCCGGUUCCAAAUUCAGUAAGUUCUAGAAAUAAUGGAACUAUAACUCAGUAGUUUUCUUUCACCCUUAGAUAAAUUCUGGUUUUAUCUCCCAAUUCCUGAUUUUUAGGCAUAUUUGUAGGUUUCCCUGCCCUCAUUGCAUUCUUUGUUCCCCAUCCUUCCCUUUCUCCUCCCAUAAGUGGUUAUUUCACACAGCAAAUAAGAUAGCUGUGUUGUGGUAGCAGACGAUCCCGUUAUCCUAGGAUUUUACUGUGUGUGGUGCAAAGAAUGUGUUAUGAGUCAGUGUUAUCAGCCUCGCUGUCAUAAUUUCUUCAAUAGCAAAUACCACGUAUGCCCAAAGACAGUAGUGUUAAAGCAGAGUAAAAUGGUUGGUGAAGCACUUUCUGUCCUGGGUUUUCAUUUUUUAGUACAACCCAUUGUCUCUGAUAGUAGGUUGGAAUUCAAACCAAGAGCCAAAAGCUGGUGGUACAUAAAGGUAUGAAUUGGUUGUAUCAGUACAAAGCAAGAGUUUGGAGAAAGCCAUUGUUGCACCUGGUGAGCCCGGGAAGAACCUAGGGCCAGGGGGAGAACCAGGUGCCAAGAGAAGAAAGAAGGAGCCUCCAACAGCCAAUGACACAAAAUGAGCUAAUGUCUUGUGGGCAGAUGUGAAGGAGGAGAUCCCAGUUAUUCCUCCAGAGCCUCUCAGUGGGCAUUUUGUGGUUUCCCUUUUGCUUUACCUUUCAUUUCAGUAUAUCUUUGUGUGAAUAGGGCAGCAGGGUUCAGGCCCAGGAAUUUCAGUUGAACAACGCACACAACAGAGCCAUCGCCCGUGGGCACAUGGCACCUCCAGAUGAAGCUUUGCCAGGGCACAGCCCUUCUUUUACCCCAGACGACCCUGAGCCAUAGUGAUCAGACUAAGCAUUUGUGAGGAACGUAGUUUCCCCAUGUGGCUGAAGGACGACCAGCUUUUCCUCUUUCUCCUGCAGCCUUCUCUCAGCCUAUAUGAUCUACUUUGGGAUUGGUGCUCUUUGCAGUUUAGAAUAUUUGUUUUCUGUCAUGGAGUAUUUCUUAGAAACUAACUUUAGGAGCAGUGUGCUGGUACUUACCUGAGUAUAAGUGAAAACUGGCUCAUAUUAGGCAGUUGAGGACUGCAGGGAAAAUCAGCUGUGCAAAGAAAGGGCGGCUGAGAGUAAUAGAUCCUUUCAUCUGUUUUUUUCUUUGUUUGUUUAGCCCCUUUUUUUCAAGAUUCUAUUUUUUCCCUCAGACAUGUGGCAGUGUUGUGGGUGUUCUAGAAAGACAUACUAUUCAACAGCUACAACAAAGCCACCUGGACAUCAAUCUGUGAUUUGAAGCCAUCUUGAGGGAGCCCUGAUCUAGAGCAGUUUAUCUGCACGAGGGUUCAGAUAUGUGGUGUGUGCAUGUGUGUUUAAAUCUACCCCGUGUGUUACUGUCCUGUGUAGAAAGAUUGCAAUAAAUCUGUCACUUUCUACAAGAUGGACCCAUAUUUCAGCAUAGAGAGAACACAUCUUACCCUUUUAAUCAAUCUCAGAUGCAGAACUUUUUCUUUACAUCUUUUUGAAAUCAAUUCAGUCAUUUUUGAAGUAUCAAAGUGCUAGUCUUCCACCAUGAAAAAUAAAUUGUCACACUCU